CAUCCCUCUACUUUCAUUUUUCACCGCACACUUAACUCCUUCUACUACAUAGACUAGAUUUCUUCUUCUAUUCCGAACUUUCUACGAUAACAGCGAGGUCUCUUCCCGAUAUGAACGACCAAGACGGAAACUAUGAACAGACAACUGGUAUGUUGGGCUUGGACCCCCUGGCGUCCGACCCUAUAUCCUCAAACUUCAGCGAUGACGAGCACAUGGCAUCUGGAAUGCACUCGGAAGAUCACACAAGGUCACUAGGAACGCCUGACACUUCGACAAACGGGGGAGAUGAACUACAUGGGGAUAGUGACUCUGCAUCACCCUCUCUAUCAAGCGGAGGGGAUGAUGAUGAUGAUGAAGAUGGUGACUACGAUACUCUCGAACCGUGGCAUUCAGACUCGACCGAUCCCAUAUCCCGUGAAGAUUUCCGUCGUUACCAGUCUCUUGUUGAAGAGCAGAUCCAGCGUUUGCGUUUAGAGAGAGACGGAUUCCGCGCCCUCUGGAAUAAUGAGAAAGCACGCGCUGAAUCUGGAUUAAAACGAUAUCGGGAGACCCAACGCAUGAUCGAGCAAGAGUCAAAAAGGGAUUAUGCGAAAUGGGAGAGGUCGUUACGAGGUAGGAUGAAUGAGCCUGUUUGGCCUCCUCCUGCGGCUGUUCCGAUGUCGCAGUUUCUAUAUGACAACGUUGAGGAUAUUAUGACGCAGCGUUGCAUAACGACUACGCUCUUACAUGCACAGGCUUGUUUGAAUGCGGACGACCCCGAUAAGGCGGAAGAAUUGGCUAGAGAGGCACUUGAACUUGCGAGGACUUUUGAUUACGAACCCCUUGAGGGUAGGUGCAAGUAUUGGCUUGGGCGGGUCGAAUAUGUGAGAGGAGACCAUAAGAGAGCGAGGAUGUUCUUCAUGAAAGCCCGAUCCUGUAUUGGAAAAUAUAAGGAGGGUGAAGAUGUUGAGGUCUAUUUGAGCCUCUUCCAGCCAGGCCUAUCCGAUCUGGAGAAGAAACGGAUCAUACUUAGGCACGCGGAGACUAUGUAUGCGCAGGUUAUGGAGGCGCAAAGGAGGCUUCGCCAGACAAAUAAAGAAAACUCAGGAGCUGGAGAAUGCCAUACCGAUGCAGCUUCAAGGUCGGAUCUUCCAGCUAGCGAAAAUUCACAGCAGGGUCAUUGAAACUAUCGUCGGGGAUGACAUGCACGCAUGGAACAUAUCUGAGGUUCUUACCCAGUGGGAAAGAGGUACAUGAGGGGUUAUGUGCAAAUAAUCUAGUAUGC